CGUUCGGAGCGGGUAUCAGGCUUGCAUAUCCAUCUCCUUAUCCGGACUUAUCCGGAAUAACAAAUCCCGGCUAACCCUCCCCUACCCCCGUCCAAAACCAGGGGACGCCACCGCUGACCGGAACCGUUAUAAUCUCACCCCCUGUUUCCCAAUCUACUCCUCUCUCUCUCUCUCUCUCUCUUCCCACGGCAAUGCCGGCCGCGGCCUCCGCCCUACUUCUCUUCACUCCCUCCUCGGCCCCUCAAACCCUAAAACCCCGACCCCUUCUCCCCUUCCAAACCCUAAUCACUCGCCGUUCCGUCUCUCUCUGGGCGCCGCCCCAUCCGCGGCUCGCUCUGGGCCUCUCCGUCCGCGCCGCUGUCGCCAUCGAGAAGGAGAUCCCGGAAAACGAGCGGCCGGAGAGCUUCCUCCGGGCGGCCGAUGAUCCCUUCUCCUCGGCCUCCGCUGCCCCGCCCUCUGUCCGGGCCCGCUUUGAGAGGAUGAUCCGGGAGGCACAGGACGAUGUUUGCGCCGCCAUCGAGGCGGCCGACGGCGGAGGGAGGUUCAAGGAGGACGUGUGGUCGAGGUCGGGAGGGGGCGGCGGCAUCAGCCGGGUGCUGCAGGAUGGUGGGGUUCGGGAGAAGGCUGGGGUUAAUGUGUCGGUGGUGUAUGGUGUCAUGCCUCCGGAGGCCUACAGAGCUGCCAAGGGGGAGCCCGGUGCUGGUGGUGGGGAUUCCUCGGUGAAGGCCGGGCCAGUCCCAUUCUUUGCUGCUGGAAUUAGUUCGGUCUUACAUCCAAAGAAUCCAUUUGCCCCGACUUUGCAUUUCAACUAUCGAUACUUUGAGACUGACACACCUAAAGCAGAUGCUCCCGGUGCACCUAGGCAAUGGUGGUUUGGUGGUGGCACUGAUUUGACUCCUGCCUAUAUCUUUGAGGAAGAUGUUAAGCAUUUUCAUAUGAUUCAAAAGCAAGCAUGUGAUAAAUUUGAUCCAAGUUUCUAUCCCAGGUUCAAAAAGUGGUGUGAUGAUUACUUCUUUAUCAAGCAUCGUGGUGAGCGGCGUGGGCUUGGUGGAAUAUUUUUUGAUGACCUUAAUGACUAUGAUCAAGAGAUGCUUCUCACCUUCUCUACCGAGUGCACAAAAUCUGUCGUUCCAGCAUAUAUACCAAUUAUAGAACGGAGAAAGGACAUGCCUUUUACUGAGCAACACAAGGCAUGGCAACAGUUACGAAGGGGACGCUAUGUGGAAUUCAAUCUGGUCUAUGAUCGUGGAACAACAUUUGGACUAAAAACAGGAGGACGGAUUGAGAGUAUUCUUGUCUCUCUUCCACUAACAGCUCGAUGGGAAUAUGAUCAUCAACCGGAAGAAGGAAGUGAAGAAUGGAAACUUUUAGAUGCAUGCAUCAAUCCAAAAGAAUGGAUAUGACUAAAUAAGAAGUCAGAGUAUUGCUUUAGUAGGAGCUGACUGCUUCCUGUUUUGUAUUUAGGAAUCUGCCCAUCCAGAUUUCUUGUAUGUAAUACCAAAUAAAAGUUACUGCAAGUUCUUUGCAGAAAGUGCGGUAAACAUCACGGUUUAUCUGAGUUCAAUUCAGUUCUUUAAUAAAUUUGAUAAGUCACUUGUUGUGGUGUUGUCUUGGA